CUGGAUCAGGCCCUCUUUUUGCGCCCUUUUUAAAACAAACAGAGCGCGCAACCGCUCUUCCAGGUCUGGAGCUCUCCCAGAAGCGAAGCGAGCGAGCGAGCGAGAGAGAGAGGAAGGAUAUUGGAGAUCGAAGAUCGGACUCGAAGAUCGGAGUUUCUCGCCCGAGUUUUGAAGAUGGCAGAUUCUGAGGAUAUUCAGCCUCUUGUAUGCGACAAUGGUACCGGAAUGGUCAAGGCUGGGUUUGCUGGAGAUGAUGCUCCUAGAGCAGUAUUCCCUAGCAUAGUAGGUCGACCUCGCCAUACGGGUGUUAUGGUUGGUAUGGGACAAAAGGAUGCUUAUGUUGGGGAUGAGGCUCAAUCAAAGAGAGGUAUUUUGACAUUGAAAUAUCCGAUAGAACAUGGUAUCGUUAGCAAUUGGGAUGACAUGGAGAAGAUUUGGCACCACACGUUCUACAAUGAGCUCCGCGUGGCCCCAGAAGAGCAUCCUGUUUUGCUAACAGAAGCACCUCUCAAUCCUAAGGCAAAUCGAGAGAAGAUGACUCAAAUAAUGUUUGAGACAUUCAACACUCCUGCAAUGUAUGUGGCCAUUCAGGCUGUCCUUUCACUCUAUGCCAGUGGUCGUACAACUGGUAUUGUUCUGGACUCCGGAGAUGGCGUGAGUCACACUGUUCCCAUAUAUGAAGGCUAUGCCCUCCCACAUGCCAUUUUGCGUCUCGACCUCGCAGGCCGUGAUUUGACAGAUGCCCUUAUGAAAAUUUUGACUGAGCGUGGCUAUUCUUUCACUACCACUGCCGAACGAGAAAUUGUGAGGGACAUGAAGGAGAAAUUAGCUUACAUUGCUCUUGACUAUGAACAGGAGUUGGAAACCUCAAAGACAAGUUCAUCUGUUGAGAAGAGCUAUGAGCUACCUGAUGGACAGGUCAUCACCAUUGGAGCUGAACGGUUCCGCUGUCCUGAAGUGCUCUUCCAACCCUCCAUGAUAGGCAUGGAAUCUCCUGGCAUCCAUGAAACAACAUACAAUUCUAUCAUGAAGUGCGACGUCGAUAUCAGAAAGGAUCUUUAUGGCAAUAUAGUUCUCAGCGGAGGCUCUACUAUGUUUCCUGGCAUUGCUGAUAGAAUGAGCAAAGAAAUUACUGCACUGGCUCCUAGUAGCAUGAAGAUUAAAGUGGUGGCACCCCCUGAGAGAAAGUACAGUGUUUGGAUCGGAGGUUCCAUUUUGGCAUCUCUCAGCACCUUCCAGCAGAUGUGGAUCGCAAAGGCAGAGUAUGAUGAAUCGGGGCCAUCAAUUGUUCACAGGAAAUGCUUCUAAUCGUCUAGUGGGGAUUGGCAAACGCCGUAGAAGAGAUUCUUUUAUCACGGAGAGGUUUCUAUCUGCAGAAAUUUUCCUUUUCCUCGAGUUUCCGACUUUUUGGUUUUCUUCCUCGUGAUUUGGGACUAUUGAAUGUAAACCUAAGUGAAUUACCGUGAAGAUUCGUUUGUUCUUAUACCUUGUUACUGCAGAAAAGCCUGUUA